UAUGAUGUGGCAUUUAUUGACUAGAGUGAUACCUUUAUGCUAGUGAACCUACGGAGAAACAAACAUCGUCUUUAAGCCAAAGGGGGAAAAAAGCAUACAUUGUAAUAACUAUUUAAGUCUCCAGGGAAAUCUUCGAUACAAACUGUCCUUCUUAAGCGCUCGCUCAUGGAUUUAUUUAUUAGAAGGGUUUAUUUGUUUCUCUUUCUGAGUUAAAGGUUAAUUCUCAAUUACAUGAAAUCCUUGGCCUUAGCUAAUGGAAAAGAGGAGAAAAGAUAAAAGGCGAGAGAGAAACAGUUUCUCUGUGAGGGGAAUGCAGUCAGGGAUACACUUUAAAUGCUGAUAAUCAGUUCCUCAAAGAAUCCCAACCCCUUCUCAGCAUCAAACUGUUAGAUUAAAUGGGCUGGAGGAAGGGAUUCAGAUCAUUUGUAAAUAAUAAUGAUCACACAGAGCUUCAUUAUGUAGAGGGUGUUCUCCACAUAUUCUGUACUUUCUGGAGCUUGGAUUUAGUUAAGCAACCCUAAAUCAGUGUUUCCCAAUCUGGGUGUCUGAAAAUUCUCACUGGUGUAUCCAGACAAGCCUGGUUUUCUUCCCUUCCCCUACCUGCCAACUCACAUAUUCACCUGAAUUAGAACCCAGCCACAGGCAAUCUGUUUUCUGUAAUCCUGCCUGCUGAACUUAUUUUUAUGGUUAUGAGUUACAUAGAAUUAUCUAUUUUGUGUCAAGGAUCUACUCUUGUUGUAGUUAUUUAAAAUGCUUCCGCUGACUGUGGAAAACAAGCAUGUGGCCCAGUUGUUGCUCAGUACUGGUACCUGUCCAAGGUGUAUCUUCAGAUUCUGUGGUGUGGAUUUUCAUGCACCAUACAAACUUCCCUACAAGGAUUUGCUCAAUGAACUACAAAAGUUUCUGGAAACCGAAAAAGAUGAAUUAGUUUCAGAAGUUCCAAACCCACCUCCCAAGAAAAUUCGACUACAAGAACUAGAAGAUGGGAUUGAUAGGAUGAAUAAUCUGAGUCAAAAUGGAGAGAGAAAGAUCUUGGUUAUUGAAGAUGGAAGCAUUGCUUCCAAGAAUGCAAGUUUAAAUGUAUGCAAUGUAUGCCUAGGAAUUCUUCAAGAUUUCUGUGAAAAAGAGUUCAUUAAAAAGGUGUGCCAAAAGGUUGAGGCCUCUGGGUUUGAAUUCACCAACUUGGUAUUGUCAGUCUCCUUCCCACCACAGCUAUCUGUAAGAGAGCAUGCUGCAUGGUUGCUGGUAAAACAAGAAAUGGGAAAGCAGAGUCUGUCGCUGGGAAGAAAUGAUAUAGUUCAGCUAAAAGAAGCCUACAAAUGGAUAACUCACCCCCUGUUUUCAGAGGAACUGGGUGUUCCCAUUGAUGGAAAGAGCUUGUUUGAAGUGAGUGUGGUCUUUGCUCACCCAGAAACAGUUGAGGAUUGCCACUUCCUACGUGCGAUAUGCCCAGAUUGUUUCAAGCCAGCCAAAAACAAACAGUCAGUAUUCACUAGAAUGGCAGUUAUGAAAGCUUUGAAUAAGAUAAAAGAAGAGGAUUUCCGCAAGCAGUUUCCUUGUCCUCCAAACUCACCAAAGGCUGUAUGCAGUGUUCUUGAAAUUGAAUGUGCUCACGGUGCUGUUUUUGUGGCUGGGAGAUAUAAUAAAUACUCCAGGAAUCUACCACAAACUCCUUGGAUAAUUGAUGGAGAAAGGAAGCUGGAGUCUUCAGUGGAAGAAUUAAUUUCAGACCAUCUUUUGACAGUGUUCAAAGCAGAGAGCUUUAAUUUUUCAUCCUCUGGAAGAGAAGAUGUAGAUGUGAGAACAUUAGGAAAUGGAAGGCCCUUUGCAAUUGAGCUGGUGAAUCCUCAUAGAAUACAUUUCACUUCACAAGAAAUUAAGGAACUUCAGCAGAAAAUUAAUAACUCUUCUAACAAAAUCCAAGUCCGUGACUUGCAGCUUGUCACAAGAGAGGCAAUAGGACAUAUGAAAGAAGGUGAAGAAGAAAAGACCAAGACCUAUAGUGCCUUAAUAUGGACAAAUAAAGCAAUACAGAGAAAGGACAUUGAAUUCCUUGAUGACAUAAAGGACUUAAAGAUUGACCAGAAAACACCUUUACGGGUCCUUCACCGGAGGCCCCUGGCUGUGAGAACUCGCAUCAUUCACUCUAUGGAGACACGCUAUUUGGAUGAGCACCAUUUCCGCCUCUAUCUGAAGACUCAGGCUGGAACUUACAUUAAAGAGUUUGUACAUGGAGACUUUGGAAGAACCAAGCCAAACAUUGGCUCUCUGAUGGAUGUGACUGCAGACAUUCUUGAGCUGGACGUUGAGUCUGUAGAUGUUGAUUGGCCCCCUGCUCUGGAUGACUAGCUUUCAAUUGGAAACAAAGAGUAGGGUUUUUCCGGCACAAUGUGGACGUCCAUUCAGCAUACACUGUAAAACGACUGUUUUUACCCACCAUAACAGUGUCUUGGAAACCACUUGGAUCAUGUUGAUCUAUAUAUUUUUUAAUUUGUUGUAACAUCUCAGGAUCUAUGUAUGUGUAUAUUUUGUGCUGAAUUGUUCUUAGGAUGUCUUAUGAUUUUUCUUCUUCCUUCUCCAACCCCCAACAAGCCAAACUAUGAAUAAUGAAACCAUUCAUUUAGAGAGGUACACAAACAGGAUACAUUCUCUGAUACUCUUGAGAAGCUGUAAUUUCUUUCAGCAAAAUUUCCCUCCACAAGAUAGAUACCACUUUUAAAAUAAUGUUUAAAAUUUUUUAAAUGAUCUUGACAAAAGUUACAUCUAGAUUUAUGCAGCACAGUAUCCUUGUAAUAUUCUAAGAUACCAAAUGCAAAUCUGACAGCGUUACUGUUUUUCCCAGUAAGCUUCAACUAAGCUACUACCAAUAGAAGUACUUUUUGGUAUGAUUUGUCACAAAUCUUAAUGACUCCAAGUUACUAUUUUGACAAUCUAAAAUUGUCAGUACAUUUGCUGGGGGAGAGAAAGUGAAACCUUAGGAAUUGAGGUAUACCAUGGUAAGAAAUUUUCAUAAAUCUUUUAAAUAAGGAGACACAAGUGCCUUCAAUGACUUCAAUCCCAGGGAUAAGAUUUUGAAAAACUGACAUUGCUAAACAAAGGGAAGCUGGUAUUAUUCCAGAGUGCUUCAAUAUAUUAUCCAAUUUCAAACAUCUUCAUCAGGUAGAUAGGGUAUUAUCAUCUCCACUUUAUAAAUAUGAAAACCAAAGAAUAGAAGUUAACUGAUUUAUCUAAAAUUGUUAGUUAUUUCCAUACCUAGGACUAGGAUGGAAGUUUCUUGGUCUCUAGGGUCCUUUCUAAUAAACUUAGUAUUGAGUACCUGCUAUAUGAAGGAAGCACCCAAGAAUGUCAUUUUGAUGCACAUAACCAUGAGAAUUGACUUUUGGAAUUUAGAUAGCAAAUCAAGCUUACCAAAAAAUAGCCCAAGUAAAUUUCAUGUGAGCUCAUAUGAUUACCAUUUGUACUAUGAAAAGGAAAAACAUUAAAUAAGCACAACCUAAAGAAAAUGGAUGGAUCAUUAAGAGAAAAGUUUCAGAAAGGAGUCUCAUUAAAAUUUCAGAUUUAAGUGCAAUUUCCAUCACCCUGAUUCAACUUUCUGAGCUUAUUUUGGAACACAUGUAACUUGGAUAGUAUUGGGUUACUCAGUUUCCCAUCUCUGCAUUAAACAUGCUUCAGAGAUACUAAGUUGUAUCAUUCACCUUAGGAAUAACAAAAUUGGUUUAACUGACAUGAAGAAAUUUCAUAUGUGAAUAAUAGCAAAUAACUUUUUCACUAUUUUCAAGUCCAGAAAAUGAGAAAGGAAUAAUAGAAAUAAAUCUCUGAUUAAAAAGGUAAAAACAUUUGUGUGAAUGUUUCUCAGUUUCUGAGGAAAUUCUCCUACAAGAGGUUUGAAUAAUUUGGAAAAAUAGUCUUUUGCUUGUUUCUUUUUGGCUCAGCUUUGAUUUUAGUGGAUCUGCAAAUGGAAGAAUUAAGAAUCUCCUUAGCAGACUUAAAUUAGAAGACUUGUUUCUUAAAUUUCUAUUGCUGGGAUUAUAUAAAAUUUCAAAAGUAAACAUUAGCUGUAAAUACUUACUCCAAAUAUUCAUAUGAGACAGGUUGUUAAAAUUAGGUCUUUGCUUAAGCAGAACUGAAAACAUUGUGAUGAGAGUACUAUAUAGUUUAACUUUUGCCUAUAUAAAAAUAUUUAUAGUUUUGUGAUCUCCUAUAGCUCUGUUUAAAUGUAAAUAGUCUGUGGCUUAGUUUAGGAAAAACACUGAAUACCUGGAAAAGUUAAAAAAAAAAUUGGUAAAAUGAAAAAAUUUGCCAAGUAAGAUAACUGGUUUCCUUUACAAGUUAUGUGACAUCAAUUUAGAAGUUCAAUUUCUAUUUCCAAAGAGAAAAGCAUCUUACUUAGAUAAAUCCUUUCUUUGGGGGCUUUAUUCUUUGAUUUUUAAGUCCAUAGAAGAGAAUGAACUUUGGUGUAAGCUUUCCUGAGUUGGUUUUUUAAAAUGGUACCCUUUAUUAUUAUAGAGAACACAUAUUUUAUAUUUUUCAAUUUAAUUUUUUCAUUUUGAAAUAAUUUCAAACUUGCAAGAAAAAUGCAAAGAAUGUUUUUCCCUGAAAUGUAUCAUCCCAAAUACAUAAGUGUGUAAUUCCUACAAACAAGGACAAAUUCUGACAAAAAAGGACAUUCUUCUACUUCAUCACAAUGUAACUAUCAAAAUCAGGAAAUUAACACUAAUAUUACUAUUAUGAAUCCACAGACCCUGCUCCAGUUUCACCAGUUGUCCCAACAAUGUCCUUCAUAGUCAAGGGAUGAUACUUUGUAUUUAAUUAUAUCUCUUUAAUCUUCACCAAUCUGAAACAGUGUGUCUUUCCUUGACUUUCAUUAUUUUAAUGUUUUUGAGGAUUUCAGGCCAGUUGUUUUGUACACUGUUCCUCAUUUGGGCUUGCCUGAUGUUUCCUUAUAAUUAAGUUCAGUUUGUACCUUUCUAGCAAGAAUACCACAGAAGGGAGAGUAUCUUCUUGCAUCUUCUCAGAUGUCACACGAGUUUGAUUGCUGCAGUGACUGAUGAUUAGGUUUUGAUCAUUAAAUGAAGGUAUGUGUGCCAAGCUCCUCCACUUUUAUAGUUAUUUUUUCCCUUUAAUAAGUAUCUUGUAGGGAGACCAUCAAACUUUCAUUCACUAGUUUUAGCAUUUAUUAAAGAUUUUCACCUCAAUCAAUCACCAUGAUUGUCAAAUGAUUUUGUAAUUCUACCAUUCCCUUUACAUUUACUGGUUGGCAUUACACUGAAAGGUAGAGCUUUCCCUUGUGGAUUUAUGGCUUCCUACUUUAUUUGAUGAUUUAUAAUUUGUUACUAACAUUUAUUUUGCUUUCUAAGUGUUCACUUGACCAGUGGGUGCCCCUUCAAGCUGGCUCCUUUGUCCUUUUGCCAUAUCCCCAUCAUUCUUGGAGCAUGUUCUUACUUUCUGAUACAAAGACAUUUCAGGCUUGUCUUGUAUUUCACCUGCACCAGCCCUGGAAUGGGCUAUUUCUCUAAGAACUGGUUCCUUUUCAUGGAAAAUGAUAGAAAAAAGAUCUGGGCACCGGGUGUGCUCACUGCUGUUGUGGCAUCGCUGCUCCCAAGCCCUCGCAUGGCAUGCACACAUGCGCACACACCUACAUAUUUAUCCUUUUCAGGAUGAGUUUAUGCCCGCACUUCCAGUUCCAGCCUUCUGGUUUUCUCCUUUCCAUACUUAUAAUUCCUUCCUGACAGUGGGAAAUCUGGCUCCCAUUAGCCUUAAUAUUUUACUUAAUAAAUCAUUCUCCCUUAUAAAUAACCAGUCUCCUACUGCUGCAUCCUUAUUCCAGAUCACUGAGACUCCCCUCCCUACUACCCUCAAAUGUUCCCAGGCUCCACAGUGUAAUCCCACACGGGGCCACCACCUUUGCCCCCUGUGGCAAUACAUACCUGUACCUUGCUCAGAAUAAGCAAAUGACUUUUGUGCUGAAAUUGUUCAAGAAGGGAGAGAGGCAGGAAAUAGGAAGGCAAAAAAUGAAAAUCUUUUUAAAAGGCAUU